AUGGACCGUAUCGGCGUAGCCUUUGCCGGAGGCGGCAUGACGCCGCCCGAAAUCGUGGACUGCGUUCAGUUGGCGGAGGAACUCGGCUACGAUUCCGCAUGGGUCGCCGAGGGCCACGGGGGCGACCAAUUUUCCAUCCUGACCGCGUGCGCGCUGGCGACGUCGCGGAUACGCCUGGGCACCAGCAUCAGCAGCGUCUACGUUCGCAGUGCACCCACCAUCGCGAUGGCGGCGGCGUGCGUGGAUCAUUUUUCCGGCGGCCGCUUCAUCCUGGGCCUGGGCAGCAGCCACAAGGUACAGGUGGAGCCCGAACACGGCCUGGAAUUUUCCGGCCCCAUCCCUAGAGUCCGCGACACGGUGGAUAUCGUGCGCCGCCUGCUGCGCGACGGCGCGGUGACCAACUACCAGGGGGAGGCGAUCAGCAUCGGAACCUUCGACCUGCACUUCCCGACGUUCCGGCCGGAAAUGCCCAUCUACCUGGCCGCAGUUUUCCCCAAGAUGCUCGAGAUCGCCGGGGAAAUCAGCCAGGGUGUGCUGCUCACCUGGUGCACGCCCGAACACGCGCGAACGGCCAGCAAGCACAUCGCUACCGGUGCGGCGCGAGCCGGGGUUUCUCCGGAAACCGUCGAGGUGGCGACCCUGGUCUCCGUGGCCGCGCCGGGCGCUGACGACGGCGGGAUGCGCCGGGUGGCGGCGACCUACGCCGGCCGGUUCCCCAGGUAUCGUCGGCUGAUGGCCGAAGCAGGGUUCGCGGACGAGGUUGAGGAAGUGCGCCGUGCGUGGCGUGAGGGCGAUGUGUCCUUGGCCGAAAGUCUGGUACCGGAAGGCCUGAUCAACCGCAUGUCGCUGCCUACUGAUCCGGGCGCCAAGCGAGAGAGGCUGGCCGAAUAUCGCGAAGCCGGACUGACCCUGCCGAUCAUCGCUCCCCGGGUAUCCGGCCCGAACGCCGGCGCGACGGCGAAACAGAUCAUUCGCGCAAACGCACCGGCCUAG